GAUGGUCCUCCUCGUUGCUAGCAGUUUGUCUUCCUGCAGUCCUGUUUUGCUGUGUUGUUGAACCUGGAGAUGCAUGGGUGUUGAUUUAGUAGUACUCAAUACGCAGGACUUUACUUUACAGUUGGAUCUCAACUUGGAUAGGCUCUGGGUCUUCCCAAAAUGGCCGGCUCGAGACCCCCAGGCAGCUGGUACGAUCAUCCUCUGUACGCACGCUACUGGCAGCACUACGACCAUGCAAUGAACUGGUACCAGAAACACCAGCGAGCUUACAGGAAAGCUAUGGAAGCUGCUUAUGGUCCCAUGGCUUUUCCCACCCGCCAUAGAAAUAUUCCCACCCGCUCAGCCCGGCGCAUGGGUGGGUCCACUUCCAGGCACUCGAGGGACGAGGAGAGGGAUCGGUCUGGGAGUGAGAAGGAAGAGGAUUCUUCGGAGAACGAAGGGAGUGAGAUCGAGUGUGAUGUCACCAACAUGGAGAUCUCCGAGGAGCUCCGAGAGUACUUUGCUCAGACUGAACGGCAUAGGGAAGAGCUGAAGCGACAGCAGGAGGAGGAGGCGGUCCGGCACGAGGCCUACGUUUUUGCCGAUCAAGACUUGCGUCGGUCGGCCACAGAUCGGCGCUCGGUCUCGGCCCCUCUGGAGCGUCCGGGGGAGAGGAGGAGUGCGGAGAUGAAGAGGCUGUAUGGGGAGGACGCGGCGCGAAUUCAGGCCAUGGAGACGGCCAUGCAGCUCAACUUUGAUCGCAACUGCGACCGUCUGCAGCCCAAAUACUGGCCCGUGAUUCCGCUGAAACUGUGAGGCUUCUGUUCUAGUCAAGCCCACACUCACGGAACUGAUCUUUUUAUAUGUGUGUAUUGACCUUGGCCCGGGUUUCCUAGAUUCGUUAAGAAGCUCUUAAGUGCUAAGAACUUCUAAGGAGCGCUCUAAGAACGCUCCUAAGAAGUUCUUAAGCACUUAAGAGCUUCUUAAAGAAUCUGGGAAACCCAGCCCUUGUUGUUUGUUGUUUGUCUUUCAUGUCUUUUGGUAGCAAAAUAAAGGUGAUAGCUGGCACUA